GAGUUAAGUUCGACUCCAACCAAUUUAAAACUAUCACAUAAAACUUAAAUGGCUCCUUGUUAACUUCAAACCGGGGCUAGAAAAGUGUCAAAAUUUGCGCAUUUGGUGGCUAACAAAGGUAAAAGUUAAGACAGACAAACAGCUUUUUUUUUUUUUUUUCUUUGAUAAAUGGCAAACAAAGAACCCUGAACUUGUAGAUGAAAGGUACGUACGUUAUAUUGUUUUGAAAUUGAAACAAGAAUGCAAUAACAAAUAACUUGUCAUAUGAUUUAUUUAGAAGCAAGAAAACCUUAAUAACCUUGCCAUUGCACUAGGCAUGGGCGUUAACGUUAAGAGAUACGAGGCUGUUGGAGAAGGACCACCGCAUCUCAAUAACAGCGUCCCAUUAGCAACAACACAAACACUAAUCUAAACCUAAACUCUUUCUCUCAGCAAUCAAUCUAAAAACAAACAUUAUUAGCAUUAUUCUUUUCAUCAUCGUCUUCGCGAGACACUCGCAUCUGCAUCUGCCGCGUCGAUCCGCACUACACGCGGCAGCACAUCGUCCAACAAAUACCCUUUCAAUCUUCAAUCUCUAAUUCUCUAUUCUCAAAGUCCAAAAAGCAUUCCCGUUUUUUUAUUUUCUUUUCUUAAAUUUUUCUUGGUCACCAAACUCUCACUUUCUUUCUCUUUCUCACUUCCACUUUCUUCGUUUCUUGUAAUUUUUUAAUUUUAAAAUUGAUAAUCCAGGCCAGCAUUUAUUUCUCUCUACUUGACCUUGAUGCAAUCUAUCAGGAAGUCCUUCAAAUCUUAUGGUUCUUACAACAAACAUUCUCGGUUUUCCGGCGCCGGAAACUCUGAUUCUGAUCACGAGCAGCAGCUCCCCAUUCUUCACGACCAAGAAACCCACUGCCACCCUGCCAUGCCCGCCGGCGACUACGUCGUCAAAAUCAACGAGGACGGAAGCGAGGCCCCCCAGGGCAACAGGAUUUGGCGCGAGUCCAGCUACGAAUUCUGGAACAACGAUGGCGCCACCACCACCGCCGGCGGAAGCGACCAGAGCUUCGAUUUCCGCCAGUCGGAGGACCCGCCGUCGCAGCUGAUCGGGCACUUCCUUCACAAGCAGCGAGCCUCCGGCGAGAUGCAGCUCGACAUGGAUUUGGAGAUGGAGGAGCUGCAGCGCGAAGGCGACGACGGAAAGUUAACGCCGGUGGAUGAAUCUCCGGUGACUCACCGCGUCUCGAGAGAGCUCAAGGUUUCCUUCGAGGAACCUACCUGCAAUGUGAAUUUCCUGGAAGCGCAAAACGACGCCGUCAGAAGAAGGCACAGCAAGGACUCGCCGUCGAUCGCGGAGUUCCAACGCCCUCCGCAACCGCCCCAACACGACUGUCGCCGGUCUCCCUCGCCGUCGCCAGCCGGCGACGAGGAGGUUGUUCGGUGCACCUCGAACGCUUCCUUCGAGAGAAGCCUUUCCAUGCAGAGAAAAUCGGCCUUGUUGAAGGCCAAGACGAGGUCUAGGUUAAUGGACCCGCCCGAAGAGCCCGACAGAAAAUCGAGUCGGGUUCUCAAAUCGAGUCAGCUCCUAUCCGGGUUUCUAGGGAAGAAGAAUGAUGAAGAGGAUGAGGAUCCUUUUUUGGAAGAGGAUCUUCCUGAUGAGUUUAAGGAGACUCAUUUCAGCUUGUGGAUUCUUCUCGAGUGGUUGAGUUUGAUUUUGAUCAUUGGGUUGUUGAUAACCACCCUUUGUGUUCCCUUUCUUAGGAACAAGGAUCUGUGGCAGCUUAGGUUGUGGAAAUGGGAGGUUAUGGUUUUGGUUUUGAUCUGUGGCAGGCUGGUGUCUGAUUGGGUUAUUAGGAUUGCUGUGUUCUGCAUUGAGAGGAACUUCCUUUUGAGGAAGAGGGUCUUGUAUUUUGUAUAUGGUGUGAAGAAGGCUGUUCAGAAUUGUGUUUGGUUGGGGCUUGUGUUGAUUGCUUGGCAUUUGUUGUUUGACAAGAGGGUGCAGAGGGAGACCCGCAGCAAUUUCCUCGAGUAUGUGACUAAGGUGUUGGUGUGUUUCCUUGUGGGGACUUUGGUGUGGUUGUUGAAGACCCUUAUGGUUAAGGUGUUGGCUUCCUCUUUUCAUGUGAGUACCUACUUUGACAGGAUUCAGGAAUCGCUGUUUAACCAGUUUGUGAUUGAGACGCUUUCGGGGCCGCCUUUGGUGGAGAUUCGGAAGGCUGAGGAGGAGGAGGAGAGGCUUGCCGAUGAGGUUCAGAAGCUUCAGAAUGCUGGGGUUACCAUACCCCCUGAUCUUAGGGCAUCUGCCUUUUCUAAUAUUAAGAGUGGGAGGUUGAGGAGUGGAAUGCUUCCGAAAAGCCCCAGAUUUAAGAGUGACAAGUUUUCUCGGCCUCUUUCCAAGAAGUCUGAUGAGCCGAAUAUGAUCACUAUGGAUAACCUGCAUAAGCUGAAUCCCAAUAACAUCUCUGCCUGGAAUAUGAAAAGGUUGAUGAACAUGGUCCGGAAUGGGGCUCUUUCUACCCUGGAUGAACAGAUUCUUGAUAACUCGAUGGAUGACGAGAAUGCCACGCAAAUUAGAAGUGAAAACGAGGCGAAGGCUGCAGCUAAGAAAAUAUUUCAAAAUGUUGCUAGACGCGGGUGCAGGUAUAUAUACCCGGAUGACUUGAUGCGCUUUAUGCGAGAAGAUGAAGCUGCAAAAACCAUGAAUCUCUUUGAAGGAGCGUCUGAAGCUGAGAGAAUCAGCAAAUCAGCCUUGAAGAACUGGGUGGUCAAUGCCUUCAGGGAAAGGAGAGCACUUGCUUUGACAUUGAAUGACACCAAAACGGCAGUGAACAAACUUCAUCGAAUGCUCAAUUUUAUAGUUGCAAUUGUUAUACUGGUUAUUUGGCUCUUGAUAUUGGAACUUGCCACCACCAAAUUUCUUCUCUUUGUGAGCUCACAGGUUGUCGUGGUUGCAUUUGUAUUUGGAAACACCUGCAAGACCAUAUUUGAAGCAAUUAUUUUCUUGUUUGUCAUGCACCCAUUUGAUGUGGGAGAUAGAUGUGAAAUUGAUGGGGUUCAGAUGGUGGUAGAAGAAAUGAACAUAUUGACAACCAUAUUUCUGAGAUAUGAUAAUCAAAAGGUCAUCAUCCCUAACAAUGUCCUUGCUACCAAGGCCAUAUAUAACUAUUACCGGAGUCCUGACAUGGGAGAUGCUAUCGAAUUCUGUUUACAUAUAUCUACCCCAGUUGAAAAGAUUUCACUCAUUAAACACAGAAUACAAAGUUACAUUGAUAACAAGAAGGAGCACUGGUAUCCUUCACCUUUAAUCGUAUACAGGGAUUAUGACCAAUUAAACAUGGUGAGAAUGGCUAUCUGGCCAACUCAUAGAAUGAACUUCCAAGACAUGGGAGAAAGGUUUGUGAGGAGAUCCCUUUUGCUUGAAGAGAUGAUCAAGAUUUUUAGGGAGCUUGACAUUAAUUACCGUCUAUUGCCCCUGGACAUCAACGUGAGAGCGACUCCUACCACCUCUGAUCGUCUUCCACCUAGUUGGGCAUCAGUUCCAACUCCAAGUUGAGUAGAAGGAAAUUCGGCAUUAACUGCUAGGAAGUGCUAUUUUUUAGCAGGAUAGCAUAUUGUAAAGAGAGGAUCUUUUGUUUUUAGAUUAGUUUCAUACGUACCGAGGUUAGUUUGUGGUAGCUAUGAUGCCAUACCUUGGUUUCUUAUGUAGUAGUUUUGUUCAAAUGAUUAGUAUUAAUCGCUACCUCGUUUAUACUAUACCAUAUUCAGUCUAAAGUUUCUAUAUUUCUACCUUUUGUCCUAACAUAAGGGAGCUAAUUAAUUUCUAA